AUGGUAGCCGGGACUUACGUCCCGUAUUUCUUCAUUCAAAGCUAUGCAUUGGAUCUUUCCAUCAACGAAAGCAUGACAUUCAAUGUCGUUAGCAUCAUGAAUGCAGCCACAUUCUUCGGUCGCUUUCCAUACAAUUACCUUGCAGAUAUCUACGGUGGUAUCGCAGUCCUCGUUCCAUGCUGUUUCGCCACAUCAAUCAUCCUUUUCUGCUGGCGCUUCGUGCACGACCUCGGCGGUCUCAUCGCUAUCAGCGCCACUUUUUGUUUCGUCACUGGCGGUUUGGUCUCGUUGCCGGCAGUGACCAUAGCAAAUCUCACACAGGACAAGUCGGAAUACGGAACGCGAAUGGGUAUGGGGUAUACAAUCGCCUCUGUAGGGGCGUUGCUCGGAAACCCGAUCGCGGGGCUCGCGCGUGAUAGUGGCAGCCUUGAUGUGCUGGAGCGCUGGCAGGGUGCUUGGUUUGUUGCGGCAGGAGCUUUACUCAUUGCGACUGCUCUUAUGGUUUGGGCGCGGGUAUUGCGAGCGGGCAUAGAUUUGACGGUCAAGAUCUAA